UUUUCCCUCUCAUCACUUGUUUUCUGUAGAAGAAAGAGAAGAAGCCUAUUAACUUGGGAACUGCAACUGUUACUGUUGCUAUAAAGAUAAAACACCCUCCUCUCCAUCUUCCUUAAAACUAGGGUUUCUACACUUGCAACACACAGCUUUAAUUUUGCAGGUGUGAUUAGCUAUUUUGCUGCAAGAUUGUAUAUCCUUUAAAAAGGAACUGUGGGUCAACUUCUUUAUUCAAGUGGGCCUUUUUCACAGGAUUGCUUUUACUCAAGGGCAUACUAGACAAUGCAAACUCCAAAGACUAGAGCUGGAACCUUGGAGGUGCCACAGAGGACACCAAAAACCGCUAGGCAGCUCAAAACUUCAGGAACAGAAGCCGACAAUUCUUCAUCGCAAAGUCCUUUGAACAAAACUCCUAAGGCCAGAAGUCCAAAAGUUGACCGACGGUCACCUCGUACCCCAACAUCUGAGAAGAAACGUCCUGGCAGAGUUUCCGAACUGGAAACGCAGCUUGCGAAUCUUCAAGAGGAGCUAAAGAAAACCAAGGACCAGCUCAACCAAUCGGAAUUAUGCAAGAAACGGGCCCACGAAGAAGCCGAAGAGGUCAAAAGGCAGCUCAUUGAAGUAUCGGAAAAGCUCCAAGAUUCGCAACGCCAGCUUGACGAGAUCUCUGCUUCGGAAGAAUCCCGACUCCAAGAACUCAGAAACAUCUCCCAAGACCGGGACCGGGCCUGGGAAUCCGAACUCGAGGCGGUACAGAAACACCAUUCGGUGGAUUCCGCUGCGUUAGCUGCCGCCAAUAAUGAGGUUCAGAAACUCAAGAUUGAGCUUGAGAAGGUGGCGGAUUCGGAAGCCGAACAAGCAAAAUAUGCAGAAUCGGCUCAUAAUGAGAUGGUAAAAUUAAGAAAAGAGUUAUCGGAAACUCUUGCUGUAAUUGAAGAACUCAAAACGCAGUUGAAAGAUUCGCAAGAUUCCGAAGCUAGAGCUUUGGAAACUGUGAGUCAAACCCGAGAACAAUUGGAAACCGUGAAGUCAACUGAAGAGACGUUAAGGUUGGAAAAGGCGAAAGCGAUGGAAGCUUAUGAUUCUUUAACCGUUGAGUUGGAGAAAUCUAAAGCUCAAGUUGAUUCAUUGGAAGAAACGGUGAGCAAACUUCAGGUGAACGAUGGUAAUACCGAUCGGAAUGAUGACGAUGAUAAAGAAGAGCUUAACCGUGUUAAAACGGAGGUCGAAAAGUUACGUUUGGAACUCGAGGGAGCUGAAAAGAGGUAUCAGGGGGAGUAUAUUCAAAGCACUUUGCUGAUUUUUAGCGCGCACGAGCUUGUGGAACAAACGAGAACCGAAUCGUGCGAAAAAGUUUCGAUCUUGGAGGCGAAUUUGGAGAAAUCAAAAGCCGAAUUGGAGGAUUUGACGGCAAAACUAGUGGAGAAAGAAGAAAGUGUUCAAAACAUAUUAGAAGAAAACAAGCACUUGAUCGAAAAGCUCGAGAAAACCGAAUUAACAGCCGUAAAAGACACCGAACAAGCAAGAACCGAAUCAUUCGAACAAGUUUCGAUCUUGGAGGCAAAUUUGGAGAAAUCGAAAGCCGAAGUGGAAGAUCUGAACGCGAAACUAGCGGAAAAGGAAGAAAGACUUCUAAACGUAUCAGAAGAAAACAAGCACUUGAACGAAAAGCUCGAGAAAACCGAAUUAACAACGGUAAAAGACACCGAAGAUGCAACAAAUUUAAAGAAACUCGAGGCCGAUUUGGAGGAUAUGAAACGGGUAAUGUUCGAAAAAGAAGCCGAAUUGAAGAACAUUACAGAAGAAAACGAAAGACUCAAAAUGGAAAACAGUCAAGUGAACAAUGAAGCGGUUGCAUCUGCAGAAGCUGCAAGAACCGCUGAGAAAGAAGCGCGUAUGAAAGUCGAGUAUUUAACCGAAGAGGCCGAUAAAAGCGGUAAAAAGGUGGUGAGGGUAACGGAACAACUGGAUUUGGCUCAGGCGGCAAAUGCGGAAAUGGAAACAGAGUUGAGGCGGCUGAAAGUGCAGUCGGAUCAGUGGCGGAAGGCGGCGGAGGCUGCCGCUAACAUGCUUUCGGGUGGUAAUAACGGGAAGUUUAUGGAGAGAACGGGGUCUCUUGAUUCGCACACGAUUGGUGGGAAGUUGAAUUCGCCUCUUUCGGAGGAUAUGGAAGAUGAAUCACCCAAGAAGAAGAAUGGUAACAUGUUGAAGAAAAUUGGGGUGUUAUUGAAGAAGGGCCAGAAGUAAUUCAUUUAGCAGGGUUGGUUGUUGCAUGGAGUUGAAGGUGGAGGCUUUUUUAGGGAUUUAGUUUUAUGUUUUGGAGAGGAGAGGAAGGGAGGGAGUUGCAGGUUUAUGUAUAGGAAGUUGAAGUUGGUGUGAGUUUGACUUUAACUUUGACCUGCUGUAUGUUGUGAUGGAGAAUGCUGCAACCAUUUGUAAUAAUAUUUUCUGAUUACAUGCAACAAUUAGCAUCUUAUCAUUACACUUGA